UUAAUUGUCACUGAGACAUUACACUACAGAAGCUUAGACAAGAGCUAAUUAAUCUAGAAUUAGAAGAGACAAGAGAGAGAGAGAGAGAGAGAGAAUCAGAGACAUGGGAGUGCUAGAGAUACUUCAUAUGAACAAAGGUGUUGGAGAGACCAGCUAUGCGAUGAACUGCACUGUUCAGAGCGAGAUCAUAGCCACGGCAAAGCCAAUAGUUGAAGAAGCUAUCCUCAAGAUCCUUUGCACUAACAUCCCCAGCAGCCUCGGGAUAGCGGACCUGGGUUGUUCUUCGGGGCCUAACACCCUAUCACUGAUCUCCCAAAUCAUUGACAUCGUGCAUGGCAAAUGCAACGAUCUGGGGUGUCGAUCACCUGAGCUGAGGGUGUCCCUGAAUGAUCUCCCGAGCAACGACUUCAACAACAUAUUCAGUUCGCUGCCGGAGUUCUGCCGAAAGCUUAGGGUCAAGAAGGGUGCAGGGUUUGGGCCCUGCUUCAUCUCGGGCGUGCCAGGCUCGUUCUAUGGGCGGCUAUUCCCGAGCAGAAGUAUGGACUUUAUGCAUGCUUCCUCUAGUCUUCACUGGCUCUCUCAGGCUCCGCCUGGUCUAGAGAGUAAAGACGGCCUGACGAUGAACAAAGGGAAGGUUUACAUAUCAAAGAGCAGCCUGAGUAAUGUGUUCGAAGCCUAUUUGGAGCAAUUCAGGAAGGACAUGAGGCUGUUCUUGGAGUCGAGGUCCGAGGAAAUGGUCGCUGGUGGAAGAAUGGUGCUGUCUCUGAUGGGGAGGAGCUCAUUCGAUCCCACCACUGAGAGUGCCAAUCUUUGGGAACUCCUCUCACAGGCCCUCGUGAGCCUGGUCAACGAGGGCUUGGUGGAAGAAGGGAAGGUCGACUUGUUCAAUGUGCCCUACUAUGCUCCGAGCAUCGAUGAGCUCGCACUCGAGAUACAGAGCCAGGGAUCGUUCAUGAUUGAUCGCAUGGAGAGUUUCAGAAACGGAUGGGACGGGGGCUUCAAAGACGUGCAUGGCAUGUCCCAUGGAGAGCGGGUUGGGAAGAUGGUGAGGGCAGUGACCGAGUCAAUGUUGGCAUCCCAUUUCGGUAGACACGUGAUGGACGACCUGUUCGAUAGGUACGAGAAACUCAUUGAGGAUUGGUAUUCGAACAAGAACAAGACGGAGAAUUUGUGUGUGGUUGUUUCUUUGAUAAGAAAGGAUUAAUUGAUUGGAUUUUGUUCGUGGAAGCGACAAAUAAAAAUGGAAAUGUUAAUUGUUUAUGAUA